UUGAUAGAAACAUACCGCAAUUCAUUCUGGUUCAGCGACAGUGCCAAAGUGUGCAGAAUGGUUUGGAAGGGCUUUCGAAAGCGAGUCUAAAAUACUAAAGCCCUUAGAUCUGGUACAAGUUACUCGCUACUGUGACAAUGAGUUCGUGGAUUCAGGAGUGCGAGUCCGCGCUGUGCGCCUGCCUGGGCAGCAGCAGCUUCGAACAGCUGCUGGCCUCGCUGGCGCCAUCGGACUCGCAGGGGCAGUGCACGGCGCUUUGGUCCGCGGGGGCGCUAGCCUACAGAUGCCGCACCUGCCAGCUCACGCCCUCCGCCGCCAUCUGCGUGGCCUGCUUCCGCGCCGGCGGCCACGAGGCGCACGACUGGGUGCAGUACCGCAGCCAGAGCGGCGGCUGCUGCGACUGCGGCGACACCACAGCCUGGCGCAGCCGCGGAUGUUGUCCGGCGCACAAGCCCGGCCGCCGUGUGCCGGCGCGCCUGGAUCAGCUGCUGCCGCCGCAGCCGCGGGCGGUGGUGCAGGCGGCGGUGGCGGCGGCGGCGGCUCGGCUCACGGAGUGCCUCACCAGCCUGUGCACGGGCCGGCCCUCCCCGGCCCGGCGGCGCGAGGCAGUGGAGAUGGCGUCCUGGCUGCUGCGGCUGGCGGGCGCCGCGCCGCCGCUGCGCCGCCUGCUGUGCGACGAGCUGUGCCGUCCACUGCCGCCGCCGCCGCCGCUACCGCCGCUGCUGCUGCCGCAGUCGGAGCCGGCGGCACAAGCAAAGCCUGACACACAGCAGCAGCAGAAGCAGAAGCAGCAGCAUCAUGCGGGCGGCUUGGAUGCCCGGGAGGGAAAGGCGGCGGGGGCAGAGGGGGCAGGGACGGCACUUGGCGGCGGCAGCAGCGGCGGCGUCGGCGGCGGCGGCCCAGGCCUGGGCGUGGGUCCUGGACGGCCGGCGGGCGGGUACGUGCCGCCGGCGCUGCUGGCGGGCUGCUAUCAGCAGGAGGCGGCGGAGGCGCUGGCGCGACUGCCGCGCCGCGACCCGCCGCCGCCGCUGCAGCCGGGCGCGCCGCCGGCACAGGACUGCCAGCUGCGUCGCUGCGUGCUGGCGCUUCGCGGCCUGCCGCCCGAGCCGCUGCAGCAGCUGGCCUCGCUGCUGUUACUGCUGCUAUACGAGCCGGCGUUCAAGGAGGCAACGGCGCUGCACCUCAUGGAGAGCUACACCCCCAUCAUGAGCGCCAUUGCCGGGCUGGCGCCGCCGCCGGCUACUGCCGCGGCGGGCGGCGCGGGUGCUGGUGCUGGUGCUGGUGCUGGUGCUACAGCCGCAGGCGGCGCGGGUGCUGGCGCUGGCGCGGGUGCUACUGCCGAUGUUGGUGCUGGUGCUGGUGGUGACAAUGGGAUGGGUGACCUCGCUCCGGCGUGGGAAGCGGCGGGCGGCGAGGGCGGCGGCAGUCCGGGGGGCGGCGGCGGCGGCAGCGGCGGCGGCCGCGGCGGUAAGCACCCUCUGUGCGGCGUGUUGGACCGACUGGUGGUGCAGGUAUUCAAUGCCGAGGUCGUCACUGCGAGGCUGGUCCGGGAGCACGGCGUGUUGCGGUCGCACCUGGACGCACUCGCCUACCUCACCACCGCCUUCGUGGACGAGCUACACAGGCUGGCGGCGGCCGGGGCGGCGGCGGCGGCAGCAGGGGGUGGAGGGGGGGGAGAGGAAGGCGAGGCGGGCGGGGUGUCGCCGCAAGCGGCUGCGGAGGCGGAGGCGCGGCUGCACUCGGUGCUGGACGGACUGCGGCGCCUGGCGUCGGACUUCUCGAACUUUGUUCACCACCUGGGUGUGGCGCGGCUGCUGCUGGCAGAUCCGCGCCUGUGGGCGGACGCAUUCCUGGGCCGCGUGCUGAGGCCGCUGCAGGGCAUGCUGCCGCACGUGCGGCGCCCCUCGGGCGAUGUGGUGGAGCGCUACGGCGGCGUGGGCGUGCCCGCAGCCGCCACGGCCGAGUUCGUGGCCUUUGCGUGCGUGGCCGAGCUUGUCGCCACAGUUAGCGGCGGCAACAGCGGCGGCGGUGGCGGCGGCGGCGGCGGCAGCGGGGAGGGGAAGGGGGAAGAGGAGGAGGAGGAGGAGGAGCAGGAGGAGGGGGAGGAGGGGGCGGAGGAGGGGGCGGAGGCGUGUGGGCGGCCUGCGGGCGGCUGCGGCGCGGAGGAGCGUGUGGCGCUCCUGUAUGAGGCGGCCAGGCAGUCCCUGGAAGCGUGCGAGGAGUGGUGCAGCGACCGUCUCGCCCGCGGCAGCAGCCGCCUCUUACCCGCCGCCGCCGCCGCCUCAGACCCAACCGCCGCACCAACCGCCGCCGCCGCCGUACAGCCGCUGUCGUACGACGUGUCUGGGCUGUACGACAGGCUGCUGGCGGGCGCGGUGGAGGUGUCACCGCACCUGCCGCUGCACCGGGCGGCGCUAUUCUUCGUGCAGGCGCUGCUAGCAGCGGAGCAGGGCGGCGGCGCCGCCUCCGCCGCCUCCGCCGCCUCCGCCGCCGCCUCUGCCGCCGCCCCGGACCCGCGGCAGCAGGUGGCGGCGCGGGCGGCGGCGGCGGCGGCGCUGCCGCGGCUGCUGGCGGCGCGCGCCCCGCAGGACGGCGGCAGCGCCUGGCGGCCGCUGAGCCGAUACCUGUUGGCGGCGCAGGCGUUUGUCAUCCAGGUGUCCUCCCGGCGCUGGCUGCGCAACGGUGAUGACGUGGCGGCGGUGGAGCUGUUUGCGCUGAACGGCCGCGAGAUGAGCGACCUGGACACACUGGGGCUGCAGGUGUGGCUGGCCUCUGCGGACGACCCCGGGGCGGCCGUGUGCGAGGCGCUGUGUGCGAUGGGCGCCCGACCCCUGCUGGCGGCGGCAGGUGUGCCCAUUCCCACCGCUGACGCUGAAGCCACCACCACCACCACAGCCGCCGCCGCCGCCGCCCUGCCGCCGGCGGCGGCGCCGUCCGAGCUGUCUGACCCUGCCACCGCCGCUGCGGCCUGCGAGGCCCUGCGCUGGCUUGUGUCGCUGCUGCGGGAGCGGGGCGUGAGUGGGCUGCCGGCGCGCGAGCGGCUGCGGCUGUUCCUGGUGCAGUGGCUGGCCCUGCGCGACUGGACCUACAACCAGCUGCACGAGUUGCUGCCGCACGACCUGCAACACAGGCACACAGACAUGGAGCAGGUGCUAGCCGAGGUGGCCACCUACCGCGCCGCCAGCCUGUCCGCCGCCCGCACCUACAGCCUCCGCCGCGCCGCCUGGGGCGCCUUCUGCCCCUUCUUCGCCCACUACACACCCGCCAUGCGCUCGCGAGCCUGGCAGUCCGCCAUGGACACGGGCUGGGCCGCGGCAGCCGGCGGCGGCGGCGGUUUUGGCGGUGGCGGCGGCGGUUUUGGCGGCGGUUUUGGCGGUUUUGGCGGCGGCGGGGUCGUUGGGCAGAGGGAUGGCGGAGAUAGUGGAGGAGGAGGGGAAGGCGGCGUGGCGGGGGCGGGGGUGGUGGGGUACCGGCCGUGUUGGCAGCUGCGGCGGCCGCGCUACGCGCUGCCGCCCUCGCUGGCGCCGCUGCUGCGGGCGGUGGAGGCGGGCGCGCUGUGGCGGCUGGUGGGCUGGAUCCUGCAGGCGGAGGCGAUGGCGCGGCUGCGUGCGCAGCAGCAGGCGUUUCUGCAGCGGGCGGCGGCGGCGGGGGCUGGCGGCGGCGCCGGCGGAGGAGGAGGGGUGAAGCAGGCGGGGGCCGCGGCCGCCUUUGGCUUGAGCUCUGACAGCGAUGAGGACGAGGACGAGGAUGGGGAUGGAGAUGGGGAAGCAGCGGCUGGGCGGGGCCCGACGCAUGGGGCCGCGGCGGCGGCGGCAGCAGCCGGCGCAGCGUCAGCGCCGGCGUCGGCAGCGGGUGUAAGUGGGGCGCAACGGAUGGAUGCGGAGGAGGCCGCCGGCAGCAGUGGUGAGGACAGUGACGACGAGAUGGGUGAGGGCUCGUCUUCAGGUGGCGAUGAUGAGGGCAAUGAGGAGGAGGAGGAGGAGGGGGAGGAGGAGGGGGAACAGGACGGCGACGGCGACCAUGGCAGCGGCGAGGAAGGCGAGUCCUUCGCCGCCCCCGGCCCGCCCCGCCUGCCUGAGGAGGCGCUGCUGGGCGGCCUCAACCUGCUGGCACUGGCGCUGCACCGCGCCGCCGACAACGCCGCCAGCCUGGCAGAGCGGGGCGGCGGCGGCGGCGGCGGCAGCUGCGGCGGCGGCGGCAGGGGGCCGGAAGGAGCAGCAGCAGGGGGAGGAGGAGGGCUGCAAGAGCAGCAAGGAAAGGAGGGGAUGGAAGUGGCGCGGGAGGUGGAGAGCGAGGCGGAUGGGGAGGCGGAGGCGGAGCGGCGGCGGCUGCUGGCGGCGUGCUCGGUGGCGGUGGCAGCGCUGACGGGAACGCAGCCCGUACACACGCUGCCGGCGGCGCAUCACAAGCAACACCACUCGACACACCACCACUCGUCGCAGCACCGCCCCCAACAGCACCACCCCCACUACCACCAUCACCACAGCGGAGGGAUCGCGGGCCUGAUUGACAUGCUGCUGCGGACGGACCGGGAGCGCGGCAGUAGCACCGGCGGCGCCGCCACCGGGAGCGCCUCGCCGGCAGUAGCAGCCGCCGCGAAUACGGGCGGGGGCGCUGGGGUUGCGCCGGCGGCGGCGGGUGCUGGUGGCGGCGGCGGCGGCGGUGGAGGGCUUGCGGAGCUGGUGUCUGAUCCGCUGAUGCUGACGCUGCAGCUGCUGGCAGUUGGGCUGACGGCGCUGGCGGGCGCUCCAGUGGCAGCGGGCGCCGCCGCCGGCCUGCCCACGUCGCCGCAGCAGCUGCUGCGCUGCGUGCUGCUGGCGGUGUGGCCGCUGCAGGUGGUGCAAUCGGCGCUGUGGCGUGCGGCCACGGCACAGAGCGCCGCCGCCGCCGACGCCGACAGCGGCGCCAGCGGCACCAGCGGCACCAGCAGCCAUGCCGACCUGCUGCGGCAGCUGUACCGCCGCGCGCUGUCAUCCGACGCCUUCUCUCCCCCUCUGCCCUCCUCCUCCUCCGGUUGCCUGUGUGCGGCGGUGCUUCCCUUCCUGGUCCGGGCCUACUGCCUGGACUGCGCGCUGGCACGCACCCAGCCCGACGCCGCGCUCAUGGUGGUGCAAUCGGCGCUGUGGCGUGCGGCCACGGCACAGAGCGCCGCCGCCGCCGACGCCGACAGCGGCGCCAGCGGCACCAGCGGCACCAGCAGCCAUGCCGACCUGCUGCGGCAGCUGUACCGCCGCGCGCUGUCAUCCGACGCCUUCUCUCCCCCUCUGCCCUCCUCCUCCUCCGGCGGCCUGUGUGCGGCGGUGCUUCCCUUCCUGGUCCGGGCCUACUGCCUGGACUGCGCGCUGGCACGCACCCAGCCCGACGCCGCGCUCAUGGCCCAGUACGCCGCACUGCCGCUGAAUCAUAGCGGUGCGGCGGCGGCGGCGGCAGGCAGCGAGGAGGCGGGGGCCGCGGCGGGGGCCGCGGGUGCGAAGGUGGUGCAAUCGGCGCUGUGGCGUGCGGCCACGGCACAGAGCGCCGCCGCCGCCGACGCCGACAGCGGCGCCAGCGGCACCAGCGGCACCAGCAGCCAUGCCGACCUGCUGCGGCAGCUGUACCGCCGCGCGCUGUCAUCCGACGCCUUCUCUCCCCCUCUGCCCUCCUCCUCCUCCGGCGGCCUGUGUGCGGCGGUGCUUCCCUUCCUGGUCCGGGCCUACUGCCUGGACUGCGCGCUGGCACGCACCCAGCCCGACGCCGCGCUCAUGGCCCAGUACGCCGCACUGCCGCUGAAUCAUAGCGGUGCGGCGGCGGCGGCGGCAGGCAGCGAGGAGGCGGGGGCCGCGGCGGGGGCCGCGGGUGCGAAGGCGGGGGGCGGGGCGGGGGGCGCGGCAGCCGCAGGGGGAGAGCAGGCGGCAGAGGCACUCGCACGGCGGCUGGCGGCGGCACUGGGUUUGCCGGAGCCGGCGGCGGCGCUGCGGGAGCCGCAGAGGCUCAGCCGCCGCGCCGGAGCCGUGCUGGCGCCUUCGGUGGCGGCCGCGAGUGCUGCCGCCGCCGCAGCCUCUGGCGGUGGCGGUGGUGGUGGCGGCAGCGCCGGUGGCAGCAGUGGUGCCCCGGGCAGCGGCUUGGCGGCUCGGCUGGAGUGGGAGGUCCUGGGUGCGGUGCUCAGCAGGUGGUGCGGCGCCCGUGCCCUGGCCCUGGCGGUGCCGCCCUCCACCUCGACCUCUACCACUUCCUCUCCAUCUCAGUCUCCGCUCCCACCUCCAGCAUCAACCCCAGCAGCAGCCUCGGCAGUAGCACUAGCCCCAACCCCAACCCCGGCCACAGCCCCAGCCCCAGCAGUAGCCGCGCUCCUCCCGGCCGCGGCCGCGGCCGCAGCGCCGCCCGCCUGGCACCGCGGGCUGCUGCCGCCGCCAUCGCUGGUGCCGCUGCCGCCGCUGUUCCAGUCGCUGUUCCUUCACACCGCCGACGUCACCUGCCCCGAGUGCGGCGCCGCGCCGGACAACCCGGCGCUGUGCCUGCUGACGGGGCGCUUCGUGUGCAGCAUGUGGCGAGGCUGCAGGGACGGCCGCGGCGGCGGGCUGCUGCACGCGCGAGAGCACUGCGGAGGCACCUGCCUGCUGCUGAGCCUGCGCUCCACGCGUGUGGUGGCGCUGCGCGGCGGCCGCCUGGCGGUGUGCCAGUCGCCCUACCUGGACGCACACGGCGAUGAGGACCCCGACCUGCGGCGCGGGCGUCCGCUGUUCCUGGACGCCAGCUGCAGCAGCGCGCUGGAGCGGCUGUGGGGCGGCGCCGCGCUGGAGUUCGAGACGCAGCUGCUGCACAACUCCCGAGCCGACCUGGUGGGGCUGUAGCGGCGGCAGCUGCGGGGCUGUAGCGGCGAGGCUGUAGCGGUGGGAGCGGCGGGGCUGUGGGGGUGGCAGCUGCGGGGCUGUAGGGGUGGCGGUGGGAUCUGUGUGGCACGGCGUGCGUGUGUGUUUGGGUGAAAGGAGGUGGCGGGGUGCAGGUGCGGGCGCUGUAUGUGUGUGUGUGUGUGUGUGUGUUAAAGAGCACAAGGAAAACGUUGCGCAAAGACAGUGUAUGCGAUGCAGCAAAGCGACGGUUUACGGAUUUUACCUGAAGUUACCUCGCAUACCUGCUGCGGUGAGCCGCCGGUCUUACCAACCGGAAAUCGCGCAACCCCCGCUACUCUAACCUCGAGGGGGGAUUAGUGUCCACACGCUCUCAAGGGUGCAAACCCAUGCAUGUGCUCACGGUACCGUGAGGCCCGUGUGUGUGUGUGUGUGUGUGUGUGUGUGUGUGUGUGUGUGUGUGUUUGUGUGUAUGCACGUGUGUGCGUGUGUGUGUAAAUGUGUGUGUGCGUGUGUGCAUAUGCGUGUGCAUAUGUAGGUGGGGGUGCAUGUGCGUGUGUAUGUGUGUGUAAAAACGAAACGGAAGCCCGCGUGUGUGUGUGUGUGUUAAAGAACGAAACGAAAGCCCGCCCAGACGACGCCGGAGUUACUUACCGAUAGCUACCAAUUUACCGAGCGUCGCGUGGUUGCCGUCACCCAGGUGUAUGUGUGUGUGUGUGUGUGCGUGUGUGCAUGUGCGUGUGCGCGUGUGGUAAGGUGUGGGGGGAACAGAGCUGUGUGCGAGAGCACAAAGGGCAAGAGACGCAGAGAGAGAGGGCUGACACCGCGCGUUGUCGGCACGCGGAGACGGGAGGACGCGGGUAAGUCUCGCUGUGUGUGAGAGUGCUCUUUUGGGACGGGAGAGAAGAGAGAGAGGUGUGAGCGUACGCCGGUGUGUAUGCAUGACCGUAGCCGCCGCAUGGUUGUGCAACGGGCAGCGUUAGUAAGCCUCAUUUUUGAAGAAACUUGGUCCGUUUCUUGCAGACAGCAGAUAUAAUUCUUUAUUUGAUGUCCAGAUACCAGAU